AUGGGGGUCCUGUGUUUGGGUUUGAGGAUUAUCUGUGUGAAGUUUGCACACUCACACCUGGGUCUGCUUCAUUUUCCACCAGGAAAGAGUAAACUAGCAGAGACGGAGGAGUUGGGACAGUUGAGACAGUAUCAAUCCAAAUUUCUUCCUUCAACUUCAUCGUCCUCCAGCCUGUCCUCCAUCAUGGCUGCCAGACAGACAGUCAUGUUCCUGGCGGUGGUCUUCCCCCUGUCAGGCCUCAUUCAAGGCUUUCAACCACUCUUCUCAUUUCAUGGGAAGUCCACCACUCACCGUGACAUCACACAAAGGGCGGUCCUCAGAAAGACAGCUGAGGUCUGCAGAGACAUUGCUGCCUCUAAAGGACGGGACUUCAGCCUGACUAUUGAUGACAGCCUGUCAGCUGAUAAGGUGCAAAGGGCCUGUUCCUCUACAGGUACCUCCUCCUCUCUCCUUUCAACUGUCAGGUUCCAAACGUCCAUCGCUAAUAUGUACUUCAGCAACGCAGCAGUGGACGUUGUUUUUGCGCUAAGUGAGGAGUAUCAUUUUGAUGAUGAGACCUUCGAGAGAGGACGGGACGUCAUCACAGCAGGUGUGGCUGCCGUUAAGGCCAGUGUAAAGCUGGAGAACUUUGUCGCAGGGAGGUGGACUCUUGGACGAGUCUGUCACACCUUACAGGACUUCUACAGCCACAGUAACUGGGUGGAGCUGGGGAAAACCACACCUUACAGCACUCUAAUCAAACCAGACCAACUUCUUGAGAAUCUGGCAGGACUAAGCACUCCAACCUGUAGAAACUGUACAGGAGGGAACUGUGACAACAACCUUCUGCCUGACCUGCUGCAGCAGGGGCUUCUCACUUCAGGCUACUUCAACGUCUUCUCCUCAGCAAAACCUGCAGGUAAAUGCAGCCACGGUGGAACAUUUGACCAGACAAGCAGACAGGAGCCAGUGGGAGGCAUCAACAAGGACGACGUUGGGUCCAGUCAUGGCUCACUUCACCACAAAGCAGCUGAUUUGGCUGUGAAUGCCACUAUGGAGUUACUGGAGGACAUCAGAGUAGCUGUCGGAGACAAGAACUUCCUGCGAUUGAUAGGCCUGUCCCAGUCCUCUGUGCUGUGUUUUGUCAUUGACACCACAGGCAGCAUGAGCGAUGACAUAGCCGAGGCAAAAAGAGUUUCCUUCAACAUCAUUGACAGUAAGAGGGGAACCCAGCAGGAGCCCUCCGCCUACAUAUUGGUACCUUUCAAUGACCCAGGUUUUGGACCUCUGAUGAUAACAACCAAUGCAGACGUCUUCAAAGACAGCAUCAACAAGCUGACGGCAAUGGGAGGAGGAGACAUCCCAGAGUUGUGCUUGUCUGGACUGCAGCUUGCCCUGACUGCUGCUCCACAAUCGUCUGAGAUCUUUGUGUUCACUGACGCUCCAGCUAAAGAUGCUCAUCUGAAAAGCACCAUCCUUGCCCUUAUAGAGAGCACCAAGUCUGUGGUAACUUUCAUGUUGACAGAAGUCCUGGCCAGUCGACGGCGCCGCAGAAGCCCUCAGGGCGUAAGUUCACGUGAAAUGAGCCAAUCAGACACCCAGCUGUACCGUGACCUAGCCCGAGCCUCUGGAGGCCAGGCCAUUGAGGUCACCAAGUCAAGCCUUUCUCUGGCCACAGUUGUUAUAGAAGAUUCAUCAGCCAGUGCUGUGGUAGUGAGGAAUCCUGGAAGGCCUGAUCAUUUUACCUUUACUGUUGAUGGAUCACUAAGGAACAUUACUGCCUACAUCACAGGAGCCUCAUCUCUCACCUUCAAUCUCACCAGCUCCACAGGUGUCUCUCAGAGUUCCAGCCAGUCCAGUGGUCCUCUGGCAUCCUUCACCACAGUGGGAAACCUACGUCGUAUAAGCCUUAACACUGACAACCAAACAGGAUCAUGGAAAAUCAGUGUUGACUCUAACAACCUCUACUCCGUUAAGGUUACAGGAAGUGACACGGUUAAUGUCACAGAGGUCACUCUGUGUGACAGCUCAGGGCCAACAGAGGUCAACGGAUCACUGCAGUCGGUGGGAAGUGGUAACUUCCUGGUGACAUUCAGUGGAGUGCCAGCAGGGGACUUUGUGCUUCGCCUGAGAGGAGAGGACAGUGGCUCCACCUCCAGGUCAACACUGAGCAGCUUCCAGAGACAAGCCUCCACACAGAUCAAGACCUCCAGCAUCUCUGUGACUGCCCAAGCCAACAACACCAACAUAGAACCAGGCUCCACCAUCUCCAUUCCUUUCACAGUCGCCACAACCACCAACGGAGUUGUUAACGACUCUGCAACCGGGACAUUCACAGUGCGAGCCAACAAUGAUCGCAGCUAUACUUUGACUUCACCCAGCAGGGUCACCAUAGCGGCGGGCAGUGGAGGCAAAGCCAACGGCACCGUGACCUUAACAGCACCAGCCAGUGCUGCAUCAGGAACAGACGUGACCCUUACCAUUGAGGCAGAAAAUGCAGCUGCCACUGACAUCAACUACGCUGUACUCAGGUUGUCUGUGGCUGCCAAGGUGACAGAUAUUACCCGCCCAGUGUGCCAGGUAGUCAGUUCAUCCACCAGCUGUCCAUCCUCUUCAUCGCUCUGUGCUUCCUCCCAGUGGAAAUUUAUCGCUAAUCUCACCGAUGGCAUCAAUGGAACUGGCAUUGAGAGCGUCACUAUCCGCCAAGGGAACGGAACCCUCAAUACCAGCACAGUGGCUGGAGCAGGGGGGGAGAACAUCACAGUGGCACACUACAGCAGCUCCUGCUGUUCACAGAAUGUAGAACUGGCUGCUGUGGACAGAGUAGGAAAUGUGGGGACAUGUGUCGGACAGGCUAGAGAAUCUACUACGGCUGCCCCUACGACUACAGCUGCAGUUAACACAACAUCCACUGGAGGGAACACUUUAAUCAUAUCACACUGUCUCUGGAUCAGUGUUGUGGUUUCUGUCCUUUGGAAGUAA